GGCCCGUGGCGGGGAGAACCGGGGAUCUGAGGGGAGGGACUGGGACAGGACUGAAGGGCCCGGAGCAGCGGCCGCCGCGGCGGAGCCAAUUUGGGAGCGGGGGCCCCACUGAGCCCAGGAGCUGCACGGAAUGGUGGCAGUCACCUUGCCAGUGCAGCGGGCAUGGACCAGACUGCAGGCUAGGGGAGCAGAGCUUCAGUCAGGAAGAGAGAACACACAGCUAGGCUUCAAGCCUCUUCACCGGGAUGUCCCCAGGCCCCCCAGCUCAACCCCAGCAUAAAGGCUGUGUGGGGGGGCCCCCCUGACCCAAGGGGGGCUUCAUGCGCCACGUGCAGGCGGAGCCGUCUCCAUCCUCAGAGCCAGAGGCUGGCCCUUCACAGCCUCCAGCCAGGCAGGGGGCCCUCCAGGGUGGCCUGCUCAUGGGCUACAGCCCAGCAGGGGGGGUGACAUCCCCCGGGGUCUACCAGGUAUCCAUCUUUUCCCCUCCUGCUGGUGUCUCUGAGCCUCAUAGGGCCCUGAAGCGGCCAGCCCCACCCACUGAGGGUCCCCGGGAGCUGAAGAGAGGCCCUGGGCUGGGGGCCAGAAAGGGACUACCUCCUGAAGAACCAUCUACUGUGGGGCUAUUGGGCCCUGAGGGACUGGGGCUGGGACUGGGUGUGGCCAGCCAGCAUUUCUCCCAUCGAGGCCUCUGUGUUGUGGAACAGGGAGGUAGCUCCACCUCACCUUGGACUUUAGAGGCCCAGAGCCCUCCCUGGCCCCCAUCAAAUACUUCCUGCAAUACUUUGCACAUCAGAGACUGGGCUUCCCCAGAUCCAGGGGGACAGGGGUGCCUGGGGGAGUCCCCAGGGCCAGCCCCUCCGGGCCACCUGCACACACUUGACACUGAUUUGCACAGUCUUGCACAAAUAGGGGAUAAGAGCCCAGUGACUGGGGUGGGCAAUGGGAGCAGCCCCUGGCCUAGGGAUUCCCCUGGCACUGCCAAUGGGCACAGUCCCGAGCACACACCCCCUGGCCCUGGACCUCCAGGCCUCUGCCCCACCAAGCGAAGGCUGCUUCCUGCUGGAGAAGCUCCAGAUGUCAACUCUGAGGAUGAGGGGCCAGCCCCUCGGAGGCGCCGGGGAACCCUGGGCCACCCUCCUGCUGCCAACAGUUCUGAUGCCAAAGCCACACCCUUCUGGAGCCACCUGCUGUCCAGGUCCAAGGAGCCUGUGCUGGAAACAACAGACUGCAGUCCUAUGGGGCGGAGGCUGAAAGGUGCCCGUCGCGUGAAGCUGAGUUCCCUUCGAAGCCUCCGGAAGGGACCAGGCCUGCUGAGCGCCCCCAGUGCCUCCCCCGUUCCUACCACCACCGUCAGCCGUACCCUGCUGGGCAACUUUGAGGAAUCAUUGCUUCGAGGACGCUUUCCACCAUCUGGCCACAUUGAGGGCUUCACGGCAGAGAUUGGAGCUAGUGGGUCCUACUGCCCCCAGCAUGUCACGCUGCCUGUCACUGUCACCUUCUUUGAUGUUUCUGAGCAAAAUGCCCCGGCCCCCUUCCUGGGCGUCGUGGACCUGAACCCCCUGGGGAGGAAGGGUUACAGCGUGCCCAAGGUGGGCACCAUCCAAGUGACCUUAUUUAACCCCAACCAGACUGUGGUGAAGAUGUUCCUUGUGACUUUUGACUUCUCUGACAUGCCUGCUGCCCACAUGACCUUCCUGCGCCAUCGCCUCUUUCUGGUGCCUGUGGGUGAGGAGGGAAAUGCUAGCCCCACCCGCCGCCUCCUCUGUUACUUGCUGCACCUCAGGUUCCGGAGCUCCCGCUCAGGUCGCUUAAGUCUGCACGGAGACAUCCGCCUGCUUUUUUCUCGCCGGAGCCUGGAGCUGGACACGGGGCUCCCUUAUGAACUGCAGGCCAUGACUGAGGCCCCUCACAAUCCACGUUAUUCACCUUUGCCCUGAUUGCCAGUGCUCUGGACCCGUGUAGGCCAAGGACCUGCCCAUCCUGUUUCAUCCUGGACAGAGUAGACACGUGGAGCAGUGGCGAGAGACCCUUCAGGCUUAAAUUAAAGCUCUCGCCAUGCUCAUGCCCGAAUUGGUUAUUUGGGUAUUUAAAGCUUCUGAUCCCUACCACGCCCUGCCCUACUCUGGGUACUCCUUGUGCCUGUCCCCUCUCUUGGGUUUCCCAAGCCAGCUUAGGUAGUGGGGAGGGACGGGACCAGAGCUACCCUGAGAUUGUCCCAAGUUCCCAGGCAAGUCAUGCCAGCAUUGCCUCCCUAUCCUGGGCAGGGGCCACUUAUUACUUUAUUUAUUUUUAAUUUAUAAUUUAUUCAAAUUGGAUUGCCUUGGUGACCUCCCAUACCUGAUAAUUGGCAUUGCUCCUCCUUCUUUCCCACUCAUCUAUUUCUCCAACCUCAGGAGUUGAAGAGGCUGAAGUGGGGGCAGGGAGAGAACUGCUGUCUCUCAGCUGAGGGCAGAGGGGUUAUCCCAGAGGGACUGAGUUACUACCAAAAACUCAGCUUCCCCUGUUCUUCCCUGUUCCCUUCACUUUUCUUACCCUCU